AUGGGGUAGCUUACUAAAAUCGACUUAGUAGCUACUCUAAGUGUUGAAUAAUAAUUUUCUAUCUUACUUUAGAAAAUCAGUUGUCAGUUAGAAGCUCCUUAACUCUCUAGAAGACGUUGCAACCUCUACUACCUUCCCACCGCUAAGUAUCUGUCGGAUACUAAGGCUAAAGCAUAAUAGUAAAGUCACUUCCUGAUUAGAAUCUGUAAAAUUGAUAUUCAUUUCUUAGUAACUUUCUAAUGUAAUCAGCUUAACUCUUAAUUAAAGAGAGACUCUGAAAAGGCAAUAGUGGUGCUUCCAUGA